GAAUGCUCCGGCGAGAUCAGUUUAAACGAGACAGUCGAGUGGAAAAGUUGCCAAACGCGGAUAAAACGAGUUGUAUUUGUACAAAAAUAAAGUGACGAAUCGUCGUUGUUGGGGAAACGUCAAAAAAAUUCAUAUUUUUCAGCAUUGAAUAACAAAUGUCAACAUCAUUAUAUUUUUUCAAGUGCGACAUCAAUUACAGUCAAACAGUAGCGGUGUUUGCAAGUGACACCAGUUGAAAUAAAGUGCGUUUAUUGCGAAUUGUUGUUGGAGGAGAAAAAUAAUUUCUGAAAAUCAUUUGUACGAAAGCAAAAAAAAAAAAAAAAACAGGAAAAAAGAAAAAGAGCCACGCAAGUGAAGUAACGCUCUAGAGUUUAUAGUGUAAUUGACAAAGCGUAAAUUCUUAAAGAUUCCAGCGCAAAGGCAUAGUGAAAGCGACAUAUAAACAUACGCACAUACGCAAGUGAAGUAGAAAGAAAGACUUAAGCGCCGUACGCGAUGACCACACAAGCGCAGACAAAACCGUUGUUGUAUGGAGGUGCGGCAAGAAGCCAACUGCUAACGGUCUUGCUAAUUUUUAUCAGCCUGCUGGUUAGCGAGGUUUACACACAAGAACUUUCAACGCAAAAUGAAUUUGCUCCACGCGUAACGGCGACAUGCAAAUCCGGCACAAUGAAUAUCAAAGUGAAAUUCAACGGUCCCUACACGGGUGCAGUGCAUGCGCGUGAUCAUCGAAAUGCGGCCUGCAUGGCCAUGGGUGAUGGCUCCGAUGCGGUGGGCUUUAGCAUAAAUCUGUUGGCGAAACAGGGUGCGUCCGAUUACUGUGGCGUGCUGGUCAGCAACGUGAGUGGUGCCAAUCGUACUGAAGAACGUUCGAUACAGUUGGCGGUGCGUGUGCAUAAAACACUGGAAUUGGCGGAUGAUAAAUUCUAUGUAAUUACUUGCGGCAAAUCUGGUUUUGGACGCGAUGACAACUCACAUGUCAUCUUAAAGUUCCUGGAGAACGAUCGUCGUGUACGUGAAACGGUUUAUGGUCAUGAGUAUAAAAUACGCGCUGAAUUAACGAAGCCAAAUGGUACUUAUGGUAUUCGAGUGGCGAAUUGUUUUGCUUUUGAUAAGAAGAAUAUUAGUAUUGCGUUAAUUGAUGAGCGAGGCUGCCCCGUUGAUGAAGGUAUAAUUUCACAAUUUACUCCCAGCCCCGAUGGUCACAGCGCUGAGGCCGUACUUAAGUCAAUGUUCAAAUUUCCGGAAGACUCUGAAGUUCAUCUACAAUGCGAUGUGAUUCAGUGCUAUGGUCGCUGUAUGGAUGAUGAGGACUGCAAGCAGAUCGCAUUGGCAGGUGCUGGGGGUGUAAGCAAAGGUGGCAAUCGUAAACUGGGAGCUAACGAAGAGGGUUCCAGUUUGGCAGGCACGACAGUAUUUGUGCUGGAUCCAGCAAAGGCGCCAUUGAUCACCGGCGAUUGCGAGGAUAAAAUUCAUCCACCAUGGCUCCUCUGGCUGGCCAUCACACUUGGCGUGCUCUUCCUUAUUAUGCUGCUGAUGAACAUAUUCCUCUGCACCGCAAUGAGUUGUAGUUGUGCGAACACCGAGAUCAUCGAAAAAGAACCAUCUAUCAUUGAAGAAUACGAUCCGUACAGAAGUUGGCAUGGUAGCCAGUAUGGAUCGCGUUACUCACUGCAUGGGCGUGAUGCGCAUAAAGGCUACACAAGCGGUGGCUCGACGAUACACUCGAAUAGGUCGAUUCCCAUUGAUAACGACAAUUAUGCUAUUGUACAUUCGCGUCCUGGCUCUAGACAAACCGGACAUGCGCAAGGACACCGCUCCCGCGGACCACCCAGUAAUAUGUAACACACAAAUAUUGAAUAUAAAUAUUUUAGUGCUAAUAACAAUUAAAUGCUAAGUACAAUUGAACAUUUUUUUAUUAAAAAAAACAAAAAUAAUUCAAAAAAAAUUAAGCAAAAUUGUAAAUAAAUCGAUUUCAAAGCUUUACUCUCCACCACAAAUACUUGCGCUUUUGAGCUUUCAACCUUUCAGCAAAAUUAACGAAAUCACUCAAUCUUCAACGAGCUUUAUUGUUCAUGAAGUUUUGUUUAUUUGCUUUAAUUAACGAAAA